CAAAACUUUAGAAAAAAAAGAGGAGGGGGGGCUUUUUUCUUUACAGGCCAGCUGCAGCGUUGUCACACAGAAGAACAGUGACAAACUUCACCAUGGCUAACAGAUAGCUGGCAGUCACAGGUGUAUUAAUGCGAGUAAACGUUGAACGUCAACGCAUUCGCGUUUCCACAGGACGGAGGACAUAAACCUGGUGGUGUUUUCCAAUCCUGUCGGACAAGUUACAGCAAUGCCAAACGUUAAACCGCUCAGAUUCCCAUCAGCGGAGGGACGACCCAGUCCACAAGCAGAUCUUCAAGCCCUCUGCUCUGGUAGACGUCGCACUUGUGCUUUGCUCAACAGUCCCUCGCCAUGUGUCAAUAAAGCUAUUUACCAUAUCCAAGAGCUGAAGAAGACGGUGGACAGUUGGCGUCAGCAGUCUGGAAAAUAUCAGACACAGAUUAAUCAGGACAAGCACCAAUACAGCAAAACUUUGAGAUUUCAGUCCAGAGACCUGGAUACGGAUUCUGAGACGUUUACAGAGUUCAUCGAAGGCAUCGCAAUUACUGCACCAGAAAGUUGUCCUUCAACGCCUCUAGAGAAGAAAAUAAAUGAUGUCCUUGGAGAGGCUAUGUAUCUGAUUGAGCGGCUGGAGGCUGAUCGUCAGUAUGCAGAGGAAGCUCUCCGCAAAGAGAAGAAAACGAGAAGGUUUUUGAAGAACAAAGUUGACAGUAUUUCACUGUGGAAGCAACAAGAGCACUCUUUUGUAGUCCAAAAAGAGCACGAGGCUUGCAUCAGAGACAUCACCGAACUAAAGGGGCAGCUAAAACUGGAAAGAGAGAAACUUGAGCAAGCCCAGGAGAAACUGUCACACGCUGAGGCGUUGAACCAGAGCUUACAUGAAGACAUCAACUUCGCUAAAAAACAAAUUCCUAUUGUUAAAGAAAACCUGGAACUCCAGAAAGGCAUCAUAAAUCAAAUUAACACUGCACAAGCUGAGGCUGAUGAAGAAUACUCAACAGCACAAAGUGCUCUCUUGCUGAAUCAGAAGGAGCUAAGUGAGAUGGAGGUGGAAGCCAAAAAUGAAAUGAUAUCAUGGGAUCGUGAACUGUUGGCAUUAACGAGUCAGCUGACUAAGAGAUUGGAAGAUUUAAACCAGUUGAAGAUGCUUGAGAAAGCGGUAGGUGCUGAAAUAAAGGAUGCUGAAAAGACAGUGGCACUUACAGAAGAGAAGUGUGCCGCCACAACACAACGUAUCUCUGAAAUGAUGGAGCUCGAGAAAACAGAAAAAAAUAGGAUUUUGCAAUUGAAACUUCAUUAUGAGGAAGAAAUGCAAAAGAAUAAGAAAUUGCAAGAAGACAAUGAGAGAACUAGACUCCAUGGUGAAGCACAGGUUUCCCGCUUAGAAGAGCAGCUCCGUUCAAAGCGUGAUGCUUUUGCAGCUCUUCGUAAAGAAAACAUGGACAAUGAACAGAAAGUCGAAGACUACAGGAUAAAAAAUUCUGAUAGUAAGAAAGCAGUGGAGCAGAUGCGUGAGGAGAGGAAGCAGAUGCUCCAGAAAAUCAUUGACAAUGACGAGCAGUGGGAAAAGGCCGAGGAGGAACUGACCCACGUUGUUGCCCAGCACAGUGUCACUCAGACUAAACUGAAGGAGCAGGAGCAGCUCACCUUCAUGGAAGAACAGAGGGCCAGGAAAGAGAUUGAAAACCAGAAGAAGAGUCUGACAGAUCAGAGGGCUACCCUGGAACUACUGAAGGGUCAGUGUGCAAAUAAAAAGGAAGAAUUGGAUCGACAGCAAAGAAGCUCAGAGCAAACUAACAAAAAACUUCAGAAAGAACUGGAAGAUGCAACCACAGCAACAAAAGAACUGGAGACAAAAAACGAGAAAAUCAAAAAACUGACAGAAAAUCUGGAAAAGAUUCAGUGUGAACACGGGAACAUAUUAGUCAACCUUGAGAAGGAGAAAAAACUCAAAUGUGAACACCUGAAAGCUGCUCAGGAUUUACACAGUGCGGCUGUAAAAAGAUAUGACGACACCGUGGGUAGGAUCAGUGACCUUACGAAGAAGAUCGAAGAAUACCGAGAUGCUUCAGAUGAAAAGGAAGAAACAGUUGAAAGCAUGACAGGAGACAUAGCAGAACUACAAAGUGUUUUUGAUGUGGAGGAAUUCAAAAACAAAUCAGCUGCUCUCAUAAUGAGCACCUUGCAGUCUGAUAUUAAUAACUGCCAACAACGAACACAGCGAUCCAUGCAGACACACACUGCUCAUAUUACGGCAAGAGAAAAGAAACUGGAAGACACGAAGGAAGCGCUAAAAAUUGCACUGAAGGAGAACGAACAGCUGGCGAGCCAGUACGAAGGUCUUCAGAAGAUCCUCAUGGAGGCCAAACAGGAGGAAGUGUCUGCACUGAGCGAGAAGAACCGUGCACAUAAAUCCUUUCAUUAUUACACACAGCUCUCUUUGUUGCAGAAGAGGAUGCACAAAGAUUUGGUGAAAGACUUAGAACAACGCAGCCUCUACAGCCAGGCUGAACUGGACCGGUGCCAGGCUCUUUCUCAAGAGACCGACCAGAAAAUAAAAACAGCCCAGGAGGGGUUGUCAGCAGAAAUUCAGCUCAUCUCUGCGUUCCUGCAAUCCUUGACAGAUGACUCUACUACCACUGAUGUUGCCGGGGUCAACAAACAAGCCAGUCCAGGAUCGAAUGAGUAG